AUGCUUUCCAGACUUCCCAAGACUCUAGUCUUCUUCAUCCUCAUUCUGGGAAUCCAGAUUCUCCCAGUAUCAGCAGGAAACUGUUUCUCACUCCCCCGAGACCCCAACGACAACACCCCCGCCAAACCAGCCAGCAUCUGGGCAACAUGUAAAAACAGACCAGAUCAAUGGGCCUGCGCCGACCCCAGCAUCGAUUUCCCAACAGUUGAAUGUCUCGCAGCAGACAUGCGAACCUGCGGUAUCGUCGGCACUGGCCCGACAAUCUUCUACUCCUUCGGCGCAACCACCGUUCAAGUUCGCACUCGGUUUAGAGAUACCCUCGACCCACGCGGUAUCAUGUGGAACGAUGUCCUGGAUGAGAAAUACGGCGACGAGGUCCUCAAAAAGCGCUUUGCCGACUUUCGACUGGAUAUCCCUACCCGUUUGACCGUUUACACGGCGCGCUUUGCAGAGGCUAUGGCGACGGUUGCGUCUGGGGAGGUUUUCUUUGCUGUGAAGAAUUAUGAUGGUGAAGGUGGCGGGAAGGGUGCUUAUCAGACUCCGACUACUUCUGGUAUCAAUGUCUGGCGGACUUAUGAGUUUCCUACUCUGCAGCGGAAUAAGGAUGUUACUAGCGUUGUUAGUAUUGACAUAAAUAACGAUAAUAGUCGGAGUGUGGAUUGGAAGCCGGAUGGGGAUAUGGAGCUUUUGCCGGCUAGCGGGGCUAGUUCUUUGAAUGUUCCUUCUGUGCCUGGGUGCAGUGUGAAGUUCCGUCGGGAUGCUUCUUGUGUUGCCCCGUUGAUCUGCGAAACUGAUGGUGAGGAUGAGGAAUGUGAGGAAGAUGAGUAG